CAGUGGUUAUCACGCCGUCGCGACCAGCUCAUAGAGUAAUAACUCUAUGGACCAGCGACACAGCGGGUCUUGUUCGCGCGCUGUCGACAGUCCCUCGGUCGCGGUCUCCUCGGCCUUAAACGAUCUUUUGGAACCCGUUCCACAGCCAUGAGCAGCAAAGUGGAGAAGCAGGACGUGCUGCAGGCCGUGGUGGUCGCUAGUUUCUUCCACAAGAAUUUCUGGCCCGCCGCCGGCAAGGACGACUCGUGCCUGGUGCCGAUGGUCAACAAACCGCUGCUCUACUACACGCUGGAUCUGCUUGAGUCGUCUGGCAUCGUGGACGUGGUCUUGUUCUGUUCCAGCUGCAGUACGGAUCGCAUUAAGACGUUCGUCCGUGACACCAGCUUCCACCGGCUGAACGUGACUUACUCCAGUUCCGACACCUGCCGUUCGUUUGGUGACGUACUCAGGCACCUGGACGCCUGUGCUCUGAUCAGAAACGAUUUCGUGCUACUCUGGGGCAACGUCAUCGGCAAGCUGUCCCUGUUGCCACUGGUCAAGCAGUUCAAAGAGCUGCGGCAAAGAGACAAGGGUGCAGUGAUGACAUUGAUUUACCAACAGGGUAACUCGGACACUGGUCAGACGCUGGUGCUGAGCUCCGACUCUCACAGAGUGCUAUUUCACAACAAAAGCCGGGGCAAAAUCAAUCUACCCUUGGAGUUAGUGCUCAAUGAAACGGUCCAAAUCAGACGUGACCUCCUCGAGACCAAUAUAGCCAUUUGUUCUACAGCCGUUCCUCCAUUAUUUGCUGAUAACUUUGAUUUUCAGACAAAAGACGAUUUUGUUAAAGGGCUGCUCAUUAAUGAGGAAAUUCUGAAUAGCACGCUCUAUGUACACAUUAUUGACAAGGGAUACGUUAAUGAAGUCUUUGACUGGCCAUCAUAUCAAAAAGCCAGCCAUGACAUUUUACACCGGUGGAGUUAUCCUCAAGUUCCUGAGAUCAUCGAUAAAUACAGUUUACGAUAUGGUAAUGUUUAUUUUGGGGAAAAUUUAAAGCUGGCCCUAACUUGCGAUGUAGGUAAUGAUACAGUUAUAGGAUCAGACUCUAUUUUUGGAAAUGGCACAUCUAUAUUUAAAAGUAUCAUUGGAAAAAAUUGUAAUAUUGGCAAUAAUGUUGUUAUAGAAAACUCUUAUCUAUUUAAUGGUGUUAAUGUCAAAGAUAAUUCCGUCAUACAAUAUUCAGUUAUUGGUGAAAAUUGCUUAAUUAAAGAAAACAGUACAAUAAUAGACAGUUGUAUCCUUGGCAGUAAUGUUGUAAUUGAGUCAACUACAGAGUUGAAACAAAAACAGUUAUGUAGUUCCAACUUCAAUAACAAAAUGAUAAAAUUGAGUCCUAAAGCUUACGUGUACGAUGCUGAAAAUGAUUCAGAUUCAGAUGGUGAACAAGAAACUAGUGGUUUGAGAUAUCAUAAAAAGUCUUGUUCAAGUUACAGUUAUUCUUCAUCAGAUAAUGAUGAUACAGCAUCAAUCGUUGCAUCUAUACCUGAUGAUACAUGCAUGUUCUACUCUGAAGUUGUGGACUCGUUGAUUAGAGGAUUUGAAGAUCAUGUGCACUGCGAUAAUCUUAUACUAGAAAUUAAUUCAUCACGAUAUGCAUAUAACAUCAAUUAUAGAGAAGCAAAUUUCCAAGUGAUACGAGCUAUGUUAACAUUGAAUAAUAAAGCUGAGCUCAAAGCUCUGAACCAGGUUCGUUAUUACGCACAACUGCAAUCCCAGCUUGAUUACUUUAUGCCAGUACUGAAAAAUUAUAUUAAAAACAUGGAUUCAUGUGAAGAUUGUUUAUCAGCAAUUGAAGAUGUAGCCAAGUGUGAAGAUAUGCUCAACACAGUAGUAGUAAAGGUAAUUCAUCACUUGUACGAUAUGAACGUAUUGAGCGAAGAAUCAAUACUAAAAUGGCAUCAGAAGGAUGAAGACGGUCCAUUUUCAAAGAUUAUAAGAGAUAAAACUAGCAAACUAGUCGAAUGGCUAAAAGAUGCAGAAGAAGAAACAGAUUCUGAUGAUAGUUCAUAAUUUUUUUUCAUAUAAGUUAAUUAAUAAUAUGUUUGUACAACACAAUUUAAAAUAUAUAUUUAAUAUAUAUUUAUAAAAAA